AUGACUCCGGCAGCUCUCAUUGCCGCCUGUGUCCCGGCGACAUUCAACGGCCUCUCGCUGUUUGGUGCCGAGUUCCUCUCCGUCGACACCAAACUCGUAACCAACUACAGCGCAUACGGCGUGGACGUCGCCCGCUUCACCCAGCCCACCAUCGUGAUCCAAAACGCCACCUUUUGCAACGUCACGCUCUCCUACACGCACCCGGGCCAGGACGACGAGAUCUUUGUCGAGACAUGGCUCCCCAUCGAAAACCCGACCUGGAAUGACCGCCUCCAGGCUGUCGGCGGCGGUGGGUGGCAAGCCGGCCGGUUCUUGCUGUCCUGGGAGACCAUGAAGGGCGCGCUCGGCGACGGUUAUGUGACGAGCACCACCGACGGCGGGCUGGGGAGCGCUGUGACGCCGGAUGAAUGGGCGUUGACGAGCCCCGGCAAUGUCAACUGGUACAAGCUGAACAAUUUCGCGUCUGUGUCGCUCAAUGAUCAGGCCAUCAUCACCAAGGACUUGAUCAAACGCUUUUACGGCAAAGGCCCCGACUACUCGUACUGGAACGGCUGUUCCCAGGGCGGCCGGCAGGGUCUCAUGCUCGCCCAGCGGUACCCCGACGCGUACGACGGCAUCUCGGCCGGGGCACCCAUUCUCUACUCAACUCUCACAGGGACGGGACUGUUCUGGCCCCAGCAAGUGAUGAAUAUGCUCCAGACGUACCCCUACGGAUGCGAGAUGGAUGCCAUCACCGCGGCAGCCGUCAAAGAAUGCGACGGGCUGGACGGCAUCACCGACGGCAUCAUCACGGAUCCCGACGCCUGCCUGGCCUCGUUCGAUCUUUUCAAGCUCGUCCGCACACCGGUCCCCAACUGUCCCCAAGCCGGCAACCGAACCGUCGAGAUCAGCCUCGCAGCCGUGGCGGUCGUCAACGCUACAUGGCACGGCAUGGUCAAGCCCAACGGCGGCGCCCCGGUCUGGUACGGGCCGGGACCCGGCUCACUGAUCAGCGCCGAGGGCGACGGCAUGUUGGUGCUCACGGGGACCGCCGCGACCAACUGCAGCUCCGGGACGUGCGCCAGCAACCCGAACCCCUUGACCACAGGCUGGAUCGAGAAGUUUGGCGCUCUCGGCGACCCCUCGUUCGAUCUCGGCAGCAUGUCGUACACCGACUUUGACGACAUGGUGUACUACGGGCGGCAGAUCUACCGCUCGGCGCUCGACACCGACGAGCCCGACCUCUCGCGGUUCCGUGACGCCGGCGGAAAGAUCAUCAGCUUUCACGGUCUUUGGGACCCCUACAUCCCGCCCUCCGCAACCCUGCACUACCUGCGCACCGUCCGCGCCACCACCACCAACACGCCCUCCUUCUUCCGGCACUACGAGGUGCCCGGACUGGGCCACUGCGCGGGACACGCGAGCGGGCAGCCGACGAGCUUGUUCGCGCAGCUGCGCGCGUGGGUGGAGAAAGGGGAAGCGCCGGGAGCGUCGCCGGUUAAUGUUACCGCGCCGGUGGACGGGACGGUGAGACAGAGGGUGUUGUGUCCGUGGCCGGGGGUGGCGAGGUUUGAGGAGGGGUGUGGGAAGGAGGGGGAGCAGGGGUGUUGGAGUUGUGCGGAGGGGGGUGGUGAAGAGUGA